AGAAAUCCUGUUUAUUGUGAGUGAAGAUGGGAAUUAUUAGAUACUUAGGCUUUGCAAUGUUUGUGUUUAUUUCAUGCUUUCUAGUGUUAGGGAUCACUGCUGCUGCUGAUCCAACAUUAAUGUUACCAAAAUGCACAAAAUACAUCAAAAGGUUUGGACCAAAAAUUCCACCCUCAAAACAAUGUUGUGCCGCCAUGAAAAUGGUUGAUAUCUCUUGCUUCUGCCGCAAUCCACCCAUAAAAUUUGAAACUAUUUUUAGCAUGAGUAGAUUUGUGUAUGCAGCUACUACCUGUGCAUGCAAAACUCCUCCACCAGGAACCAAGUGUGGAAGUUAUACUAUUCCUGCUCCUCCUCAGCUUCUUAUUCCUAAUUCUCCUCAUCCUCCUCCAUCGCCUCCAUCUCGCCGGUCUCCUCAUCCUCGUCUUCCCACAUACAACUUCAUCAAUUAUCUCGGAAUCAUUUUCAAUAGAAUGAAUAAAUAAAUUAAUACUACAUGUGAUGUUGUGUGUGUUUUUAAUUAUUUACUAUUGUUUUUUUUCUUUCUUAAACUGGUUUGUAUAAUCAUGUGAUUGGAGAUCAAUCAUUAAUAUCUAUUAUUAUUGGUUGAAAAAGUUAUUACA